AUGGCGUCAAGAUCUCCUCCUCCCUCCGAUGUCGAUCCGUCUGACUCUAAUCAGAUGUUGAAUGCUGUGCUUCAGGCGUUGCAACAACAAAACGUUACACUAAUUCAACAGAAUACCAUAGCCUUGCAGAAUCUGGAAGCUGCAAGAGCGUCUGCUGAGAACGCCAGAGCGUCGGCCGAUACCACCCAAAGGCAGUUCUUGGAUGUGAUGACUAGUGGCAGGAUUCCCACCGGUCCUUCUUUUUCGGCUGCUCCAACUCAAGAAUGGAGUUUGGAAAAUUUCUUGCAACAUCAUCCCGCCAAGUUUGAUGGCAAGUGCUCACCAGAUGAAGCCGAUCAAUGGCUUCGUGACAUGGAGAGAGUCUACAACGCCAAGAGGUGUCCUGAUGAAAACAGGUUGUCCUAUACUGAGUAUCUAUUGACUGGAGGGGCAAGCCACUGGUGGAGCAGUGCACGGAUGAUCUUAGAGGGAACUAGAACCCCUAUCACAUGGGACUUAUUUAAGAAGAAGUUCUAUAGGGAAUAUUUCCCUGACACUCUUAGAUAUGCUAAGGAAGUGGAGUUUUUGGAGCUAGUGCAGGGAAAUAUGUCGGUAUCUGAGUAUACUGAUCGCUUCAAACAUCUUCUUAGAUUUAACACCAUGAAAGUGGAUGAAGAGUGGCAAUGCCGCAAGUUUGAAAACGGGUUGCGCGGUGACAUCAAGCUAUUGGUGAGAGGUCACCGUCUGAGGGAGUUUCCAGCUCUUGUAGAGAUGGCUAGGGAUAUGGAGAAGACGAAGAGAGAAGCUGAGGGAUACCCGAGUCGUCAGGUCCAGCCACUGAGGGUUGGGGGACCAGCCAUGUCUAGAGGCGGGUCCAGUUCCAGGAUGACACCAUACUCCAGAUCUUCUUCUUCUCGUAGUUCCGGAAGAUCUUUUCAUCCUUCUGUUCAGCCGAGCCAGUCGUCAUCUUUGAGUGACGUGAGAUGCUAUGGAUGUGGCGGUCCGCACUACUUGUCUUCAUGUCCCCAGAGGACUAAUUUUCGGAGGUGCAACCGAUGCCACAAGGAGGGCCACUAUGAACGUGAUUGCCUUAUGGGUAGGAGAGCUACUUCCCAGCCGCAGCAUGCAGGGAGAUUUCAGCACAGAGGUGGCAUCAGACCUCAGGCCACUGGACGCGUCUAUGCACUGACAGGGACAGAAGCAGCUAGCUCAGGUGAUUUGAUUUUCGGUAAAUGUGUAUUGGGUGGUAAAUCUUGCAUGGUAUUGUUUGAUUCUGGAGCGACACACUCUUUUGUGUCUGAGACUUGUACUAGAGAGUUGGGGUUACCAGUGAGAGAGUUACAGUAUGACUUGACUGUAUCUACUCCUACUUCUGGGAUAGUGAAGACAUCUACAGUUUGUGUUAGAUGUUCAGUAGUGGUUGAGGGGCGUCAGUACAAGGUAAACUUGAUCUGUUUACCUUUGCAAGGUUUGGAUGUCAUCCUAGGGAUGGAUUGGCUGUCUGUUAAUCGUAUUCUCCUUGAUUGUGGAGAGAAAAAGCUAGUAUUUCCCAAUGAGGAGGAUUACACACCUCUGACUCCUGGUGUGUUGAGACAAGACCUGAUAGAAGGUGCAUGCUGUUUCCUGAUACUAUCACACAUGGAAGUGAAGCAAGGAGAUUCGAGCGUAGACCUCUCGGUAGUCAGUGAAUUUCUAGAUGUAUUUCCUGAGGAGAUUCCUGGCUUACCUCCUCCAAGAGAGGUAGAGUUUUCUAUUGACCUUGUAUCUGGAGCAGGGCCUAUCUCUAUAGCCCCUUAUCGCAUGGCGCCAGCCGAAUUGGCCGAAUUAAAAAAGCAGAUUGAAGAGUUGAUGGCAGCUGAUGAUGUCCAGAAGACAGCCUUUAGAUCUAGAUAUGGCCAUUACGAGUAUGUGGUCAUGCCCUUUGGUGUGACUAAUGCCCCUGCCAUAUUCAUGGAUUACAUGAAUAGGAUUUUUCGACCUUUCUUAGAUAAAUUCGUUGUCGUCUUCAUAGAUGACAUUCUAAUAUAUUCUAAGAGUAAGGAAGAACAUGCCGAUCAUCUUAGAGCAGUGUUGAGGAUAUUGCGAGAAAGAAAGUUGUUUGCCAAGCUCUCAAAAUGUGAGUUCUGGAUGAGAGAAGUGCAGUUCCUUGGUCAUAUUAUUUCAGCUGAUGGGAUUUCUGUAGAUCCGGCCAAGGUUCAAGCCGUGUUGCAAUGGGAAAGGCCGAAGUCAGUCACUGAGGUCAGAACCUUUGUUGGGUUAGCAGGCUACUAUCGUCGCUUCAUUGAAGAGUUUUCUAAGAUUAUAACCUCUUUAACACAGCUGACUAGGAAAGACACUCCAUUUGCAUGGACAGACCGUUGUGAGGCUAGCUUUCAGGAGUUGAAGCAGAGAUUGACUAGCGCUCCAGUAUUGGCCAUUCCUGACACAGGUAAACCUUUUGAGGUUUUCUGUGAUGCUUCCUAUCAGGGACUAGGAUGUGUCUUGAUGCAAGAAAGAAGAGUUGUUGCGUAUGCCUCAAGACAACUAAAGAUUCAUGAGAGAAACUACCCUACACAUGAUUUGGAAUUAGCUGCAGUGGUGUUUGCUCUCAAGAUAUGGAGACAUUAUUUGUAUGGAGCUCAAUUUCAGGUGUUCAGUGAUCACAAGAGCCUGAAGUAUCUGUUUGAUCAAAAGGAGCUUAAUAUGAGACAAAGAAGGUGGAUGGAGUUCUUGAAAGACUAUGACUUUAAUCUUCUCUACCAUCCAGGGAAGAUGGGCAGUAAACUCCAGAUGAGUUCUGCUUACCAUCCUCAGACUGAUGGUCAGUCAGAACGGACUAUACAGUCAUUGGAGGAUCUUCUUAGGACGUGUAUACUUGAUCAUAUGGGAGUCUAG